UUACAAUUAUAUUGUGCCAUUACAUGUUUUUAUUGAAGUUUUGUUUAUUGCGAGGAAACUUUCUGCCAAGGAAUGUAUUAUACAGCAUCAAUUUUGACAGCAUAAUUUGCCCUUUGCAAUAUAUAUUUCCAAACAGCAAUAGAAGACCACACCGGACUGAUCAACUUAAUGCCAAAUGGAGGAAUCCGCUUUGCCUAUAGAUGUUUGCCGCACAUGUGGAGCAGAAGAUGGGGUGGUAGCUAUAUUUGGUGAGGAGGGAGAAGAAAUGCAGUUAGCUGAGAAAAUUAAUUCCUACUUGCCCAUUACAGUGUUACAUGAGGACAAACUCCCUCUGGCUAUCUGUCAGCAGUGCAUCAGUCGACUUGAAAGUUGUCACCUCCUGGUGUUGUCUUGUCUGGACACAGACGAUCGUCUCAGGCAGAUCCUGUCAGAAGAUGGGGAUAGUCCUAAAUUUGAAAAGGAGUUCCAAAAUGUCCCAGACUCCACUGAUGAUUUGUUGAUUUCAAACAAAGAGAACAACUCGAGUGCUCAGAUAAGCUUGACUAACAUUUUAACUCAAGAUGGAGAAACAUCAGGUUUGGUGGCACCAAAUGUAUAUGUGAUUCCGUCCAUAACAAAACCGGUUAUUAGAGAAAACACAUUUUCAACACCCCUAGAUCGCUCAUCCAGUUGUGGUUACUUCUGCGAUGGUUGCAACAUUUGGUACAAGCAGCGAAAAAGGUUCAUGGCACAUCAGUUGAUCUGUCCAAUGAUGAAAACAUUUGAGUGCCUCUCAUGUGACUACGAGGCUAAAGACAAAGCUGAUCUUGGAAGACAUACAAAAUUGCACAGUGCUAUUCCAGAGGAACUUGCGAGUAAGACUUUGCAAAAUGAAUGCAACAUAUGUAAAAGAGUUCUAUCGACCAAGAUGGCGCUUAAACUCCACUUAAGAACCCAUUCUGGUGAAAAACCCUACAGUUGUCAAUAUUGCAAGAAAACGUUUGCCCAGAAAAGUGCACUUAAAUACCACGAAAAAACGCACAUCGAUACCAAACCUUUCUACUGUAGAUUUUGCAAUAAGGGAUUCAACGGGAAGAUGGUGUGGGAGAAUCACGAAAGGAUACACACCGGAGAGCGUCCUUAUCAGUGCGUUGUGUGUAACGUGCGUUUUAGGUGUCUGGCGAACCUCAGGCAGCACCAGCCGAUCCACAGUGAAGAGAAAUCUUUUAAAUGUCCUGUGUGUCCGAAAAUGUUUCGUAGACCAGAAAAAGUGCGGAUACACCUUCGUACCCACACGGGUGAGAAACCAUACACUUGCCCGAUAUGCUAUCGUGGAUUUACCCAGAAAGGUGAUAUGAUGAAACACAAACUAAUUCAUCCUCGACUUGAUAGAACCAAAGAGGUGAAGGCUGGUGAAAAAUCCAAAGAAGAACUGACGUCAUAAAUGUUUAUUUUUACUAAUAAAAACUGGUCGUUUUUAUUACUUAGAGCAAAUUUUCAUUCGGAAUAACAUUAAAUAUGUGUAUACUUGUGUUUCAAUAGAAUAGACAUCACAUUUUUUAUUGUUACGCAUUUUGAGUCACAGAAGAAUUUCAAUAUUUGAGACUUAAAUAUUACUUAAUAAGAAGUGUUACUAAAAAAUGACAAAUUUUAAUAAACCAUGUAAAUAAUACUGUACAUAAUUUGCAAAGCUAUAUAAUGUACAAUAAAAUG